AUGUCCACGUCCCCGUGCUGUCCUACCCGCUGCGAUGUGUUACGCGCCCCUGCUUUAGAAAAAACAGAGAAGGAAAACUUCAUAGAAAUGGCGGAGGGUACUACGACUCUCAAAGGCUUGCGAGCUCAAAUGGCUGCAGCUGCACAGGCCCAAGGCGAGGAGCGGCGUAGCCUGGCAGAUAGCAGCCCAGGACCUACAACCAACGCUCCAGCUAAACCUCAGGGGAGCAGGCCAGUCAUUGACGGUGCUGCGCUUAGAAUAGACGACCGGCUGCGAGUGGCAAAAGAGAGGCGAGAGGAGGCAGAGAAACAACAGGUUUUGCGAGACUCUCAGAUCAUGGAGCGGGAGCGCAAGGCCAAGAUGCAAGUGGAGCGUCAGAUGGAGGAGCGACAGAAAAAGCUUGACGAACAGAAAAGAAAGGAGGAGCAGAAAAGAUUGGCUGUGGAGGAGAAGAGGAAGCAGAAACAGGAAGAGGAAAAGGAGCACUAUGAGGCAGUGAUGCGACGGACUUUGGAGCGCAGUCAGCGUGUGGAGCAGAGACAGAAACGAUGGUCCUGGGGGGGACUGUCCGACUCGGAUGGACGGACAGGAGACUCUGAUGCCGGUGCCUCCUCUCCAGUAACUAUAGUUAUCUCCCCCGCCUCGCCAGAAAAGCCUCCAAGGAGUCGACAAGUUGACAAGCGCUCCACAUCCACCAUGAACCUGAAACAGAUGUCCGAGCCGGGCAUCAGUAAACGCCUCUCCUCCUCCUCUGCCACCCUUAUAAAAUCUCCCGACAAAAGUGUUAAGCAGAGGAGUUCGUCAUGUAACCGGUUGCCUAACAAUGGCAAUGCUGCUCAGGCCAGUAAGGACGACAGCAAAAAGCUUCAGGUGGAACAGACAGGCCGUUCCCUCAAGAAGAGAAGUUCCUCCCUCUCACGAGUAAGUGCGGGCAGAGCACAGACUCCUGCCAAGCCUGAUAAGGGGACAACGGAUAAUCAAGCUCGCAAGGCAGCGGUCGGCACUGUGGACGGAGGGGUCCUUAGUCGCCUGCUCACCCCCACCCAGGCCUCACUAGCUAGGAGCAAGAGCGCCGCCGCCCUGUCAGCUGAAGGAACAAAUGCUCCAGAGUGUCACCUGUGUCCUCGCUCAGCCUCUGCCAGUCCCCUGCACCCACCGCGGGGGGGCCCCGUACGCAGUCGCAGCAUUGACCGGCAGAAGAGCGGCAUGACCACCUCGGUGUCGGCCGACGGAGCCCUCGACCCUUCCAUGAAGGACAAGCAGUUUACAUCACCUGGAGGGCAACGUCCCGCCUCCCCAUCUUCUACCCUGGGACGCAACCGUUCACCAUCCCCAGCCCCCAACCCGGCCCCAAAGAGGACCCCCUCCCCUGUAUCCAAGCAAAAUUCCAAGACACGCCCGCCCUCUCCAGGUGCAAUGAAACAGCGUCCCCCAUCCCCCCAGUCUUCGUCAGCCAAACCUCCACCUAUCCAGAAACCAGCCCUCACUCCAACAGGGCCCCCCACCUUGCGAAAGAGGGACUCGAAGUCCAAGGAUAUGUGUCCUGUCCUGGCUGUCUCUCCACUGCCCUCUGAGUCCAGCAAGACCAAAGACAAAGAUGACUCUAAAGGCUCGACAGGCACCAACUCUGCUGCAGAGGCAGCAAAGAUCCUGGCCGAGAACCGAAGAUUGAUGCGAGAGCAGAAAGAGAAAGAGGAGCAGCUCAGGUUACAGAGGGAGGAAGAGGAGAAGGUGAGAAAGGAAGAGGAGAUGCGUUUAGCCGAGGAGGCUCGUCUGAUCCGCCUGGAGGAGGAGAAGAAACUUGCAGAGGAGAAGAAAAUUAAAGACGAGGAAGAUGCUCGCCUAGCUGAGGAGGAUCGGGUGAGACUGGCAGAAGAGGAGGCGGUGAAACAGGCUGAGCUGCAGAAGGAGCGGGAGGAGGCCGAGGCUAAAGCCCUGGUGGAGGCCGAGAUGGUCCGUCAGGAGAGAGACCGCAUCAUGCAGAAGAACCAGCAGGAGCGCAUGGAGAGGAAGAAGAGGAUCGAAGAGAUAAUGAAAAGAACCAGGAAGGGGGAACAGAGCGACCUGAAGGGUGAGGCAGGAGAUGACGAUAAACAGGAGGAUGAUGAGGAUGAUGAUGAUGACGAAGAUGAAGAGAGAGAUGAGGAUGACGGAGAUGAGGAAGAGGAUCAGAUAAACUGUGAAACCCAGAGCCAGGAAGAUGACCAAGCUGAGUGCGAGCGGUCCUGCGGGGAGUCGGCGGCACAGCGGGAGGCGCCGCUAGGCAGCGUGAACGGGAAACCAGAGACGGACGACAAGGAGAAUAACAACGGCAUAAGCACAGACGAGACUCAGGCAGUGAGUCCCGUUCCUAAGGGCCGCCUCGUGGAGGGCUCGGAGUUCCUGAACGAGCAGGACUCCGCCAAGGUGGGCUUAGUCUCAGGUCUUAACGGUAAAUCCAACCAGUGGAGCUUUGAGGAGCUCAUUGACCUCAACGUCCACUCCAAAACUCGGCCCCUGAUCCAGGCAGAGGACUGUAACCAGGUCCUGAUCAGCUGCGACGGGAGCUCAGACGGGACCAGGGUGGCCUUCGAGGAAAAGGGAACCCCCGUCAACCCCCUGCAUUCCUCUAAUCAACCAAUAGAAGCCCUGUCAGAGAUUUGAUGCUGCAGCCGCCGCUCAGAAGCCUCUCUGUUGCACUCGUAAAGUUCCUGUCCAGCUGAGCUCCUUAAAAAAAAGUUCCAAACAGCUUCCUCCUCUUUCUCCUCUUCCAGAGGGAGGAGCACAAGGAGGAGCGGAAAGACCACCCCAAGUGCUACAUUUGCACCCCACACUGAGGAAACAAAUAUAUUAAAAUGAUAUAUAUAUAUAUUAAAAUAAAACAACGUUAUGCUUCAGGGAAAUUCCAAAUAUUCCUUUAACGUGCUCGCUUCAGGUCUCUUUCCUCUUCCUCUUGUGUUUAGUUCUCAAGUUUUUGUUUUUUUCUAUGUCGUGUCUAAAUUUGAUGAUGUUUUUUUUAAGAGUUUUGUCUUUGUCAGGGGUGCAUUUAUUGUAAUUUAUUCAUUUUGGCUUUGUUGUUACUGUAAUUAUUAUCCUAUGUCUAGUCUUUUUGUUCUUUUCUCUUGUAUGAGAAUAUUCCAGGACACAUGCACGCUCGGCUGCGUGAAUUGAACAGCGUGACUUAAAGGAGGAAAAGGUUAAUACAGUCUGUUCUGUCGGGGGUUUGGUGGGGAUAGCAUCCCAGGUUUCAUGUGUGAUUCAUCUAAAUUUACUUGACCGGCUGCUCUUUGCAGGAUCCAGCGACAUGGCCUUACUAUUUUUCCUCAACGACUGAUUUUGAAUUGUGAAUAAUAUACUAAAUUGCUUGCGCUGAAGCUCAUUCAUGCACAGCUAAGUCUGUCUGUCAUGCGCUUACACUUGAAGUAGACCCUGUGUUCAUACUUCAUUUUGCCCCUCAGCCCCAUUUUUCUGUCUCCCAGUGUGUUUCCUUCUGUGGCCACUAGAGGGCGCCUGGAGCUCCAUCUGUUACAUUUCGAGCGGAGUAGUGUUGAGGCUCACUCGCUGCACUGUAGUGAAUUUGGUUGUUUUGUUCAGUGAAGUUUCUGCAGUUUCUCACUUAGGGUUCGUUAAGGCUUUGUUAAUUUUUACAUAUGUAUAUAGAAUCUAUGUUUACUAAUAACUUCAUUGUAAUUUACAUCAGAUAUGAGUUGCAUCACAUUUCAGUCUCAUCUCCUGCUUGAAUUCCCAUAACGGCAUCUUACUCUCUUAGCAGUAGAGGUCCAUUAGUUUCAUUCAUGGCUACCUCUGAGCUUCUUCAGAUGUGUUUGUUACUGAAUAUUCAUCUGAAACUUCAAAUCAGGUUUUCAAUUAUCUGGUUUUAACUUGAGCUUUUUCCAACCCAUCCACCCAUCCAUCCCUCUGUCUGUGCAGCUUCUUCACCAUUUGCAUUUAUUUCUCCUUUUUCAACCAACCUUUGAAAUUCCCCAAAACACAAGCUGCUACAUCUGACAAAAUGCAUUUCAAUUAUUUUUUUUAAUAAUAUAAUUUGGCUGUUUGUUUAUAUAUAAAAAAUACAUUUCUACAUAUAUUUAAGUGUUAUUGUGUUGUGUAUAUAAUCAGUAUUAGGCAAACAAAGCCAUGUGUAGGAGGAGGUGGCGUCAGGAUGUGGAUCAUGUGUACGUGCUUUAGGUUUCUGUACGACUCUUGCCCUGUGACGGGCUGUCAGCUUACGUUUGGGCAGCCUGGGAAAAACUUACAUAAAGCCCUCUUCCACAUGAGCGCUGGAAAAAAACAAGGGGGCCAAGUAGGGACCCACUAUAUUUUUCUGAAAAUAUAGCGUGUGUUUAUUUGUGUGUAUGUUUUAGCGCUUUCAGCCCCAAAUCCCUGAACCCCGAUUCUGAACUUCGCCUCACAGAGACUUAACGUUGACAUUUUGACGGCCAGUUGUUACAGCCCUCAGCAGCAUGUCUGACCCAUGAUCAGAGUCGUGGUUCUGCUUCUUCAUGAUGCUUUUGAUGUCAGCACAAUACAUUUUAUAUGAUGUUAAAGGACGUGUGGAUGGAUAGUUAAAGUGUAGGCAUAUCAGCUCAGGUCUUAACUCAUCUUUGUAGCAGCAGGCAAAACAUGACGUGGGUCAGACUUGUUUUCUGUGUCUCCUGGAUUUCUCAUGAAGUGUAAUGAAAUCUUGAAAUUCCCUAUGCUUGAACAGUCCAAGCACAAGGUUUGGAGGAUCUUUUAUUAUUGCCUUGUUCUCUGCUGGCUUACUAAAAUCCCGUUGUACAUAAGGACUAGGGGCUUUAGAUCUUAGCUUUGAUUAAUAAGCUCAAAGAAUGUAACGGACUCCAUAAACCGUCCUGCAUCCUUUACCAUGUCUCUCCGAGCUGCCCGCUUUCUGGCCAUCCAUUACUCUUUUAGAAAACACGAGACUCUUUGCACAAAAGACUGGCUAUGUUUAGAGAAGACUUGCUGAGGAGUAGCUUUACUGUACAGACUCGUAGGAGAGUGUGGUGUUCUGGAGGAAAAGAGAAAGUAAUUGGUUGCUUCCCAGAUCAUUUAGAAGUCUCAUCCCAAAACUUGCUCACACCCAAACCUUUCCUACCACUUUUUCUAGUCCCAGGUAGCAUCUGUUGGGGGGGCCGUGGUUGCUGCUGCUUGGGCACAUAUUUUGUCUACUCCAGGUCCUGCUGCAUCUUUGAGGGCUCGAGUACAGAGCCGACUGCUUUAAGUCCUCAACGUUGUCUUUAACAAUAGGAUAGAACGGUGCCUUAGAUUGAGAUUUAGUCUUACUCUUUAUUGUAUCACAGUUAACUAAGAAAGCUUGUCCUUACCUCGGCCGCGACAAUCAGUCUCCCCACCCAGGGCGACUUCGUGAAUAUGAAUAUUUCUCUGAAAGAUUUACUAACAACGCCCUGUCCACAAGUAAGAUUUGUACUGUAAAUAUAUCUAAAGUGUACUGAGAUGAUACAAACUGUUUAAAACAAAUAAAGUCUUGCAAAUAUA